GGUUAUAUGAAAUCAUAUAAUAUGUAGUAGGUACUCCAAAGGCCAUUUUAACUUUUUUGAUAUUUCAUAUUUAUUAUCUUUCACAAAUAUUAUAAAGAGGAAAGAUUCAUAUGUCUAUCUCCAUAAAUAUAGCUAAACAUUAUCAGCGAUUAAUAGGUAUAUAUUUAUAUCCAUAACCCCGAUUAAUACGUCUGUAUGAACCUGGUCCGUAUAAAAUAAAUAAACAGUCCUUUUUAAAAUAAUCCUACCGAUAUUGCCAACAUCUACGUUCUGCAUUUUUCUGUAAGUUAUAAAUAACUCUUCUUUGCGCAGGCGUUUAAAAUGUGAACUAAACUAAUUCUGAUAGCGGACCUCAAAAGUUAAAUAUUCAACAUACUUGUUUGAUUGAUUGAUUACUUGAUGGACUACCUACUAUAGUUACAGUCGUUUGUUAAAUAAUGUGUAUUGGUAGAUUUACGACGAAAAGAGAAUUUUAUCUGUAAUUUGUGAUAUGGAAAGGUUCACUACAGUUUGUCAUCAGACAUGUUUUAUAGUGAACUGAAUGUGAAUGAUAUUCUUCGUACUGAUUUGAUGCCGACAUUUUUUCUGGCGAAUGAUGAUACGUCACAAAAGUCGAGAGAACGAAGUAAUACGCCUUCUACUAAUGGGUCAAUCGAUGCGGCUUUAUCGACUCUCAAUUUUCACAGAAAAAUGAUGAAUGAAUAUCAGUGUAGAAAUUAUAUUGCUGAACAAAUUCUGGAAGAGGUAGGCAAAAAUUCCUUGCAAAGGCGUCUCGGGAUGCCAUUUGAUAUCGGCCAAAGCAAAAGUGGUUAUCCUCGUUCUCAAAAUUUAUACGACGUGGGCUCAGCAAAUUAUCAAGAGUGGCUAGCUAAGGUAUCAGCUAUGAACGAUAUAUACCGCCAUUACAAUAUGACUGUUAAUCCAAAUAUAAACGGUUCAAUACCGGUCAAUCCUCAAUUAGUGCAGGCCAACCCUAGAGAUGGUAAUGAAGUGAUGGAGUCGGGCGAAACAAUUUUCGGUGACCCGGAUGUGACACAUGACUUAUCUAAACACGCUGGUGGUUACGAGUAUUCCAUGCCUCCCCCGCCACCACCAAUGUACCACGCUGAACACGAGCCAGAUGAUCAUCACGUAGAGAAGGAGUCCCAUAGUCUGACCGUCGCAGACUUAUUCGAAAUAUCACUUACAGGCAUUGCAUUUCUUUCGUUCGGCAUGUUUGUCUUGCAAGUUCUCAUGUGUAUUACUAUGACCGAGCAACAACCCCAAGUGAUGCAAAUGGUGGACAACACAGAUAAUAUCAACGUAGAUGAUGUAUUUCGCUUCAAACGUGAAACACAACCGCGACAAUUGAAAUCAUUAAAUAGUAUUUCACGGUACGCUCUUAUGGCAUUGAAACCGCAACCAAAUAUAUGCCUUUACAGGACACUGUGUUUGGGGAAUAAACAUAUGAGGACUCUGCGAGAUAAGGAAAGAUAUUGGCUACCUUUGAUUCAUGCUGGGAUUGCUUGGACCCGUGGCGUGACUUUGGGAGCAUUGCGCGCAGCUACCCUAGGUCUUGGUGAUGCCGACUGCAAUAAUAUUUAUCCGAAAGAUAUGUGUAAUCAAUAAAUUACAUUAUUAUUUCUA